CUUUUUUUGAAAUAAAUGAUUUCACUGUCAAAGAUGUCGUCGCUGUCCCGUGAAGUACCAGUUCCCAGAGUUUCAAGAAACAGCCAUCUCCACAAUCUCAAGUUUGCUGGAAAAAGAGGAAGAGAUGAGCUACCAGAGAGUCCCCCCGAGGAAACCUACCCUCCACCAGGGUAUCGUCCGCCUCAGCAACAUCCGCACCCACCACCACCAGAUGUGUACCCUCCUCCCCCUCGGGGCCAUGGCCAUCCGCCCCAAGAUGUGUACCCUCCUCCCCCUCGGGGCCAUGGCCAUCCGCCCCACCCUCCACCUCAGGGGCCUUACCCUCCGCCGGGGUACCAGGGCUACUUCAACGACCAGCAGCGCCCUUACUACCCGCCGCCAUCGCAUCAGCCUCCGCCGCCGUACGGGGGAUAUCAGCAACAGCAACACAAUGGAGAGGGCAGCUCCUCCGGGUUCCUCAAAGGAUGCUUGGCCGCUCUCUGCUGCUGCUGCGUGCUGGAGGAAUGCUGCGGCCGCUUCUGAGAUGUUACUAGCAUUCUGGAGCAUCUUAUCCUAAAUUGUGUUUGUAAAUCAUCGCGUUAACUGGAGGAGAGUGUUCAAGAUCUUCCAGCCAUUGUGUAUCAGUGUCAGAACCGGUCAGUAUUGUGCCGUGCGCCGGCACCUUUGUCUGCGCUUCCAGGGGCGGAGCCGCGCCAGAAAUGGCUUUCACUCCGGCCCGGGGCCUGCAGGCAUAUGCUGGAUUACCUGAAUUUGAGUUAAAUCCUAGAAGUUUAGGUGCAGAACAUGUAUAAAAGUACUUAAGGUAAACUUUGCUGGACCCGUGUUGCAGCACUGCACGCCCAACACAGGGACCCGUGUUGAAGCUAUUAGAAAAUAAUAAAGGCUUUAUAUGGAUAUUUGGAUUGAAGGCCAGAUAUUUGGAAGAA